UUUCGAUGAAAUUGCAUGAUUGAUAAAUAAUGAUAAAAAGUGAAGCGAAAUGAAAAUUUACGAAAAUGAAUUCAAUUAUGGAUAAUGAGGCGGUGGUAAUUAAUUGACGUGGUGAUUAGUAAAUUUUCUGCCCAAUAUUUCGUUUUUUGUUCAGGUGUAACAUGUUAUCAGUUUCUGUUGUCUUAUAGCGUUGGCACCGAAAGUAAAGUAAUGUCUUAUUAGAAACGUGUUACAUUUCGAGCUGAAUUCAUAAAUCAUAAACUUUAUCUAACCCACCGGCACUCAGUUGUAUUAUGCCCCGCAUAUUUUAGCACCAGUUGCAUUAACUAUUUGUGUAAAAUAUUCGAUAUUAAUUUAAAUUCACGAUGACUACGAAAGUCUUUCUUACUCUAUUUGCUGUGAUUUUAUUACAUAACGGUUGCUUCGCCUUGUAUGAAGAUCAGAUUGGAAAAUUUGACUGGAAGAAAGACUUGGUCGGAGAAGUAAAGUUCUCAAGAUUUGAUAAUGGAAUAAAUUUUCAUGAAACUGUUUAUGUAGCCACUGAACAUAACACCGUUGCUGCUCUAACACUUAAGACCGGUGAAAUCAAGUGGCGGAAUGUCCUCGAGAAAGGAAGUAGAGGUGUGAUAAAUCUCCUACAUCAUGUGAACAAUGCAGUAUUUGCAGUCAGCGGUAGCGAUGUAGUAAUCGUUAGAAUUUGGAACGCCAAACAAGGUGCAUUGAUGCAUCAAUGGAGUUUGCUGCAGGAUGAAUCGGAAGAACCGCAGCAAAUUUUAUGGUUUGCUCACGAAAUACUUUUAUACAGAGUUGUCGUUAAAUCAAAUAACGUUGAAAUUUCUACAUUCAAAAUAUUUAACGGUGAAAAAACUCUGGACAGAAAUGUCAAAGCUCCAGUAUCUGCGAAGGAUAAGUGUUCUGUGAGCAAAUGGACAAUGCUCUGUUUGAACGAAAAUGGCGAAACUGUGUUAAUAAAUUUAACUCAAGCGGGCGGUAUUGACGUAGAAACCAAUUCAAAUAUUGUAAUUCCGGGCUUGGAACGUAUCCUUGAUAUUAGAGCAUCUCCUUACGAACGAAAACCAUCGUAUAUUGUGACAACUGCUGACCGAAAGUUUCUAUUUGCUAAUUUGAAUCAAUCUAAUUUCGAACUCGUCGAUACAGUUCCUAUCGAUGGUGAUAUUUGGGUUGAUUUAUUAGACCUCGGAGUUUCCGUUCUGGAAAUCACUGUUUUGCCUAUUUCUGAGACUGAGCUUGAAAUAAAUGGAUAUUUUUUGAAUCCUAAACGAACGUCGUUUUCUCAUCGAUAUUCUUUGAAACACCCCGUCGCCAGUAUCACUAUAUCUAGUGUUGAUUGUUACAAACAAUCCAGUGGAGCUCUGUCUUGUGUAAUAUUGCUCAGCACCAGUGAUGGAUCGGUUGUAUACUUGAGUACUCCAGGCAAAAUUGAAUGGGUGAGAGAUGAAGGUUUAUCGAGUAUUAUAACCGCUGAAUUCAUCGAGUUACCGAUGUCUGACAACGAAGCAGAAAUGCAAACUGAAUUUGAGACGAAAGAAUUAAUGGAUUAUGUUUUACAAGCUGCUGAAUUGUUCAACAUGUUGACGCGACGAAUUUCAAGUCACAUAUUCCAAUUUCAAAAAUUCGUGCUCAAUUUGUCUGGAAUCCUGGAGAAAUCAUUUUCUGUAGAAAAAGAGAACAAACUAGUGCGAGAUUAUUUCAAUUUACAUAAAAUCAUAUUGAUCAUUACAAAGCAUAUGAAAAUUUAUGCUUUGGAUAACAUAAACCAAGAGGUGCACUGGAGUCACCUCUUGAACAAAAAAUAUGAACCGUUUCCUGCUUCAAGUGAAGAUUUUGAAGUGAGAAUACCGUUGUAUAUUCAACGUACAUAUCGUCAUUACCCUCAUCCGAUGCAGUGCACAAUUUUGGUCAAGCAACGUGGAUCGCAAAAUGGUGUAAUAAUCAGUUUCAAUCCGGUCACUGGAAAAUUUGAUUCGCCUAUCGAGCUAGAUUACAAAAUCAGACAGGGUAUGCUGAUUCCAAAAACCACGGUCGAGGAUCAUCUACAGGGUCUUAUUUUAACGGACGAAAAAGAUGGUGUGCAUGUUUAUCCCGAACGAACACUGCCCAUUUUCAGAGAAAUCGCCAGCUCUUUGCAUAUUUAUGUUGCUAAUGCGGAAACAUGUGAUAUAAACGGAUAUACAUUCAGCUCUGAUGCUUCGAUGACAUUAAUUCCCGUUUGGAAUGUAAAGUGUAGGGGUAAAAUUGUCAAAAUAUCUGGCAAGAAUCCUAUCGAAAAAGUGCACUCGCAAGGAAGAGUUCUGGGCGAUCGUAGUGUUCUGUAUAAAUACAUCAAUCCCAAUUUGAUCGCUGUUGUAUCAAAAGACAUAAACCCCGAGGACCAAAAGACUAUGUUGACAUUAUACUUCGUGGAUAGUGUAACUGGCGUUUUAGUAAAUGGUAGUUCUCAUGUGAAUGGUGGUAUUCGUCAUCGAGGAACAGAUCCUGUUCAUUUAGUUCAUUCGGAAAAUUGGGUCGUCCUAAUGUAUUUCAAUCACAAGACUAGACGCACUGAGGUGUCCACCUAUGAGUUAUACGAAGGCAAAACGCAACUAAAUUCAACUGCCUUUUCCUCUGUUCAAUCAAAAGAUUUACACCCGAUUAUCGAUACCCGAUCCUAUAUUUUGCCUACUUCUUUCAUCGAAGCUGCCAGAGAAACAAUCACCGAAAAAGGAAUUACCUCGAAACAUGUUUUAGUUGCUCUAAGCACCGGAAAUGUAGUUGAGCUGCCAUGGGUAAUUCUGGAUCCGAGAAGGCCUACUGUGUCCACUCCUGAAAUGAAAGAGGAAGGAAUUAUUCCGUACAUGCCUGAAAUUCCUAUUCCUACCGAAACGAUGAUCAAUUACAAUAGAACAUUGCAUAGAACUCGCGGUAUUGUCACCUCACCAAGUGGGUUGGAAUCCACAUCUCUCGUUUUUGUUUACGGUUUAGAUUUAUUCUACACAAGAACUGCACCAUCAAAAACAUUCGACUUGCUCAAAGAAGACUUCGAUUACAUGUUAAUCAUCAUCGUUCUAGUCUUGUUGAUCGCUUCUACUUUUAUUACAAAACAUUUUGCUUAUAAAAGAGCUCUGAAACAAGCAUGGCGAUGAUCUGUAUUCUCGUGGUAAUAAUUCCUUUAUAAAAAGUAUUUUUUAUGCAUUUUGUAAAAUCGUUUUUUAAUUACGUUAAUUCGCCAACUUGGAUUGUUUUCUUUUUAUUAUAAUGCAUCGUUUUUACCAUUCCUGUUUGUUUAGAAGUUACUUGUGUUUCUGUUGCUAAUGAGCUCGUAAUUGUUUAGUUUUUUAAAAAUUGAUUUCUUUUUUCAGCGUAUUUAGUGAUUGUUUAUGUACAUAAUAAUUCACAUGUUGAGGGGUCCGUCUCUGUAUUGUCAAAGUAUGGUUUUUAUAAAAGAUAGUUUGAUAGCUAAAAUAUUACUUUAUUAAUUAUGUUGUAGUUACAAAACGUUUGUGUUGGGUUUUAGGUUACUCUAGUCAUUAGACUAAGUAUAAAUAUAUUUAAAACAAUUCGAUUUUGCCUAAUUUCUCACGGAUAAUAGUAAUACGGUUAUACGAUUUUUUUUGUAAUUUAUAUUCUCUUCUUUUUUUCCUUAUGUUGUAUCUAUAAGGAAGCCAGUUAGUAAAAUAGCAUUGAAUUGUUUAAAAAUAAUUAUUUCUAGUUAGGUCAUUACAAUACGUUAUUUGGUAGCUGAAAUUCAUCAAAAUAGUAAUAUUUAUUAUUUCAACUUUGAAAGUUUGAAAAUUAAAAGUAAAUGUGAUUAU